GCAGUGUUCUUUUUUCUUUUUAUUUUGUUUUAUAUUUAUGAAAUAGCCUUUUCGAUUGUCCACAGAGUCUUGGUCAACGGAAAUAGUGGAGAAGGGAAGGAUUGCAGAACCAGAAGCGGAGUGAGUAAACUUGUCUUUCGAUUCCUCAGUCUCACUCCUGGGUUCCUUGAACCCUCUAAUGGCUGGAAAAAACACUGAACGACACAAUGAGGGGAAAAGACCAUCAUGGUUAGUAGAUAGUAACAGAAUCGCUACAAAGAUCAAGAGUGCAUCUAGCAACCAUGAUAGUGAAAGAACUAAUUGGAAAAGCAACCCAACUAGAGCCUGUCCUAAUUGUGAAUUUGUGAUUGACAACAGUGAAGUUGCUCAAGAGUGGCCAGGAUUGCCCAGAGGAGUGAAAUUUGAUCCAUCUGAUCAAGAGAUUAUAUGGCACUUACUUGCAAAAGUUGGUGAAGAUAAUUUGAAAUCCCAUCCCUUUAUUACUGAGUUUAUCCCAACAGUUGAUAAAGAAGAUGGAAUCUGUUAUGUCCAUCCUCAGAAACUACCAGGGGUUAAGCAAGAUGGAAGUGUAGCCCACUUUUUUCAUAGAGCCAUUAAGGCAUACAAUACUGGGACUCGAAAGCGUCGAAAGAUUAGUGAUGGGGAUUGUGAUGUCCGCUGGCAUAAGACUGGCCGUACCAAACCAGUGAAUUUAGAUGGGGUUCAACGAGGGUGUAAGAAGAUUAUGGUUCUCUACAUGAGUGUAGCCAGAGGAAGUAAAGCUGAGAAAACUAAUUGGGUAAUGCAUCAAUAUCACCUAGGAACAGAGGAGGACGAGAAGGAUGGAGAGUAUGUAAUUUCUAAAAUAUUUUAUCAGCAGCACCAGGUCAAGCAAGGUGAUAAAAUUGAUCAAGAAAUUGCUGAAACUAGUGAUGUCAUUAUUCCAAAAGUAGAUCCAGUCACUCCCAAAUCAGUGACUCCUGAUCCCCCUCGCGGUGAAUGGCUACAAUCUGAUAUUGAGCUGGGACCAGAUACCACUGUUGCUUGUACAGAUCCCUUUGCAAAGUAUGCUGACAUUGAAUACUUGGAGGAUGAAAUUCUAAUUGAAUGUGAAAAGACUUGCAAUCCUGAUCAACCUGACGAAGAACAUCAAGUUGAGGAAGUUAAUAACAAUGAGGAGAAUACUGAGAACAUUGUACAUUGUAAUCCGGAGGACUCCAAAUGGUGGGAUAGUGAGUCCCAAAAUUUGUUGGAUUCUCAACAACUUGUGGAAGGGCUAUCCCUGUGCGAUGAUCUUCUUCAAAGUCAGUCUCCAAAUAGGUAUGGUGGUGCACAUGAGAAUGAUCAACCACAGAAGAACAAACCCAAGCUUGCUGACUAUGCUCGAUUAGGACCAGACCAUCUUAAGAAGGAUUUAGAGGAGUGCCAGAAUCUUGUCCUUGAUCCAGCAAACAUCGACCUUGACACCCCUCCUGAGUUCCGCCUAAGCCAGCUUGAAUUUGGAUCACAGGAAAGUUUUAUUGCCUGGGGUGGUAAAGUUGCUGACUAAUCAACCUUUAUGCUCAAGCCUUUUGAUUGUGGUCAACUUUUUGAGGCUGCGUCUCUUAAUAUUCUGUCCAUAAACUCUCCUAUUAAAGACGUUUAACUCUGCUGAGCAGCUUAUAAUGUUAUCAUUGGUGGUAAACGUAGUCCCUUUUUGUAUUGAUGACUUAUGCUUGGGAAUAUAUCAAACUUACAUGUAUACUGCUCUCUUUUAAGCACAUACAAAAGAAAGCAGCGGUUUCUCUGAUGGUUCUGUACUCAUGGGACGUUGUUCCAACCAUUAAUUGUCAAUUACAUCUAAAUAUUAACAUCUGUGGAACCUGAGACGUUCUAAUUUUCUUA